AUGUUGGGCUAUGAUUUGCAUGGAGACAAGAGUUCGCUAUUCAGAAGGGAGACGCCGUUCGAUGCCCCUCUCCUCGACCCCAAAUGUUGCCGAGUAGCAAGAAUCAUUGGCAACGGUGGCUUUGCGGAAGUGUAUGCUGCAUAUAUUCUGGAUGCUAAUGGCGAAGAGCAAAGGGUUGCACUGAAGAUCCCGAAGCUGGAACAUCGCUCAUCGCGACAACGCAGGGAUGUUGAGAAAUUCCUUCAAACCGAGGCAUUUUCAUGCAUGGCAUUAAGGCACAGCAACCUUGUUCGUUGCUUGGGACUAAUCCGUGUACCGGCCAAUUUUCCUGGAUUGGGACAUCUUCCGGAAGCCACUUGGGCCAUGGUCCUGGAGUACUGCGAGGGGGGAACAAUCCACAGCCACAUUAGACAGUCUCUGGCUCAGGUCUCUUGCCCGUACAGCGACGUCGAGGCCCUCCACUGGCUAGUGGACGUGGCUGCGGCGCUGACCUUCCUGCACAACGCUCGGGACCCCAUCAUACACCGAGACAUCAAGGCUGAGAAUGUGCUGCUGAAGUACGACAGCGAGGAGGGUCGUAUGGUGGCCAAAGUGACGGAUCUGGGCCUACAUGCGCCCCUCGUCGAGUCUCGUUCCGUUAUGCUUCGGCGGCGGACGCCCAGCGGUCUCUCCGCCACUACCUUCGUCGCCAUCAAUCCCAUCGCAACUGAGGCGUCGGCAGCAGAACGCGACGGAGAGAGGCUCGGGGUCAUCGGCUCCAUUGACGACGACAACGAAGGCAAGCUGCAUGGCAGCAGUGAUGAUGACGAUGGCGAUGCCAGUCACGGCCGUUCAUGCAGCGAUGGCAGGAAAAGAGGACACGGCCCACGCCGAGGUGAGAAGAGCCCUUGUGGCGCCGGCGAAGGCCGCGACGGGGACGCGGACACGUUCCUGAGUACGGCGUCAGGACGGCUGCCGUAUAUGGACAACCGCAACCCUGGACCCGGUGGCUGUAAGAGCGGUGGUGGUAACGGCAGGGGCAGUAACAGCUCUGGGCCGAGCAACGUUGCGCCGGCAGGGGCAUCCGCUGCCGCCAGACCUACAGCCACGAUUGCCGAGGCAGCUGUAGUGUCGGCUCCCGCUGCACAGCAUAAGCGUCGCUUCGCACCGCUACAUGCCAGCCCCCAGGGGGGUCCUUCGUCACCGCAGCCAGGGCCCGAUCCUAAGCGCCGGUCCAUGCCUCACAAUGCCGGCCGCAGGGCGGCGCUGAAUGCAGCAGCACCCGUUUCCGCGACCGUGCCCCAGCACACAUGUCUUCAGUCUCCACCUUCUUCCUCUGCCACGAAGAACGAUGCCGCACCCAGGCCUACUGCUGCGGCGGCUAAGAGAAGCAUUGUGGAUGCAGCUCAAGUUUCGGAGCGGCCAAGGGGCCUCGCCUCCUGGCCGCUUCAUCAGCCGAGAUCAGGGGCUGCACCAUCGUCGUAUGCGGACAGGCGUUCGCAUUUGGGAAUAGGCCGCGGCGGCCUUACCCUGGCGGCUAUGUUGCCGGUUGCGGCUGAAGCCAGGGCUUUGGCAACAUUGGGCCCCUCGACUCCGCACCAUCAGCACUUGCAGCUGUACAAUCCUCUAUAUCGCACGCCGUCACUUGCAGAGUCACUUGCAGAGUCGCCGUGUUUGGGCUUCCUGCUGCCGCCAUUUGAGGGGACGGGUGGGCUUUGCAGCGCCCCAGUCAACGUGGGGGACGCCACCAGAGGGGACGGCGGCCGCAGUGGCGGCGGCAGUGGCGGCGGCAGUGGUGGCGACUGUGGUUUCGCCAGAAUCGAUGGUGUGAAUACCAGUCCGAGCGACAAUAUGGGCGGCAGCGUUGACUGGUCGGCGGGACUUACCGCUGUUAACGUUCAACCGCCGGCUGCCGCUUCUGGCCCCGCUGCGGCACACGGGAAGUCAGUGCCUGUUCCGACUUCCCGCGAUAGCUGGUGCUCUACAGCUCGUCGUACUGAUAUAGCCAUCGCUUCUGCCGCUUUCGGUGUAAGGGAACAUGAGUCGCUGCAGCCAACUGCUGCUGCUGCUGCGGCGGCGGCGGCGGCCACGGCGAUGGCGCUACCACUCACCGGUGGGACGAGCGCCAGUCGACCAGUGACUAACGGCCUGCGCGAUGGUGGCAGCACUGGAGACGGUGAUAUUGCUGAUGGCGAUGGCGUGAGGAGCCUGACCGUCGCGUAUCCUACCGCCAAGCAGAUGCUCCACAUGGGAGCACCGCAGAUUGCCGUACGCGGACGAGGGACGCCGCAGCUAGGAGGAGACAUCCCGGUCACGCCGCGCGUCGCACGCAUGCCCGAUGAUAUUGUAUCACCUCGAUAUGACGUCAAAAAGCAAAUGUACGGCAACGCAGUGCCAGCGGUGGAGACGGUGGCGGCGGCGGUUGCGACCGGGCGGGGCGGCUCCGUGAGCAUCAGCCUGGUCAAGAUUAAGGAGGACAGCUUCGUCAGCCUCUUCAGCAGGAAAUCCCAACCUGCUAUUUUGAGUAGCAGAGCCAACAGCGGCUUUGGGCGGUACAGCCUGGCGGCAACACAAAGCGGUAUUGGCGAUGGUUGUGGCGGCGGCAACCUCACGGAGCGGCGGCAAGACCACACACGCCGCUCGAGCCUUCGCCACAACGUAUCUGAUCCGUUAUUGCGGUUUUCGUCAGGCACUGCCGCCGCUGCUGGCAAUAGCGAUGACGACGGCGCCGCCGCCGCCUCUGCCUCCGACAUCUCCAAGCUGCAUGUGGUUGUGGAUAACCCGGGUAACCUCGGCUGCCACAUGCGACGCGUGAGCUCCAUGCGCCAGCUGCUUAAUACACCUCCCGAGGGACUUCUGCCGUACAACGACGAGUUCCAUUGGGUGUACGACCUCACGGGUCAAGCGGGUAGCUUCAUGUAUAUCGACUUGCCUACUAUGGACUCUGAACCCUGGUGGCCCUGCCCCGUCCCACAUUUGAUCCGGGUGGCGAAUUUGAUGACGUGGUUGCGAUUCGGCUGCUACGUGCACGACAGGCCGCCGGAGGUCUUCCUCCACCAGCCGUACAACGAAAAGUGUGACGUGUUUAGCUUUGGCGUCUUAAUGUACGAGCUGCUGAACCGCGAGGUGCUGCUGUACAGCUACACCAACACAGUCCGUGGCGCCCGACUAAAGAUCGCGACAGCCAAGGACUUUGCACGCAUGGUGGCUUCCGGCUUCCGGCCGCCCCGGCCCUCCCGCCUGUCUGCCGCCCAGUGGUCGUUGGUGUGCCGCUGCUGGCACCAUGACCCCUGUGAGCGGCCCCCGGCGGAGGAGCUGCUCCGGGAGCUGCAGGAGCUCCUGGAUGUCGCGAUCCAGCGACGCCGACGACGAUGGCAACAGCGGCAACAGCGGCAAAGUCAAGCUGGAUACCUUCCCAUGUGGCUGCACAGUGUCGUGAAGGUAUUAAUUAAGGACUCACAGGAGUCGGCGGGAGAGUCAACGGAAGCGCCAGAGAAGGUCGUGUGA